GGCCGAAAUUCCAGCGUAAUCCAGUUUUUCAAAUUUCUCUCUUCCAUCUCCAGCGCAAAAUCAACCCCUCCUUGAUUUCUGCCCCUUUUAAUCUGUUCUGUUUUUUCCUGAAAUCGUACAAACGGGAACGGAAUCUGUGUACAAGCAACCUAUAAAAUUCAUGUGUGUGUGCUUUACAGUUGAUUGGUAGAAUUAUUGGUCUGAUAAAAGGGGAAGAGAGAGAGGAGAGAUAAGGAAUGCCGGUUUCUUUUCUUGCCAGAAAUCCGGUGACUUUGACAUUGGCGGGGGCCGUGGUCUUCGUGUUGUUGCAAGCGGCGGUUGUUCUCUGUGGGUUUCCGGCGACCCUUACGCUGGAAAGAGCUUUUCCGGUGAACCAUCGGAUUGAGUUGAGUCAACUUAGAGAUAGAGAUAGUUUGAGGCACCGUAGAAUUUUACAGCAGCAGUCGCCUCCAGGAGGCGUUGUUGAUUUCCCGGUGGAAGGCACUUAUGAUCCUUAUCGUGUUGGGCUUUAUUAUACAAAAGUUCAAUUGGGAUCUCCUCCAAAGGAAUAUUAUGUACAAAUCGACACCGGAAGUGAUGUAUUGUGGGUCAGUUGCAGCUCAUGCAAUGGCUGCCCUACAUCAAGCGGACUCCAAAUUCCGAUUGAGUUCUAUGACCCUUCCAGCUCAUCAACAGCUUCUUUGAUCUCUUGUUCAGAUGAACGAUGUUCUCUAGCCAGUCAAUCUUCUGAUUCUGCUUGUUCCCAUUCAAAUAAUCAGUGCAGCUACAAAUUCCAAUAUGGAGAUGGUAGUGGGACAUCUGGUUAUUAUGUAUCUGACUUGAUGCAUUUGAACACAAUCGGUGUCGAUCCAGGAGCAACAAAUUCUUCAGCCAAUGUUGUGUUCGGAUGUAGCACAUCUCAAACAGGAGACUUGACUAAAUCUGAUAGAGCAGUUGAUGGGAUCUUUGGAUUUGGUCAGCAGGGUUUGUCCAUAAUUGCACAACUUUCUUCACAAGGGAUCGCUCCUGAUUCAUUCUCUCAUUGUCUUGUUGGAAGUGACAGCGGAGGUGGUAUCUUGGUUAUUGGUCAAAUAGUGGAGCCAAAUAUGGUCUAUACUCCACUUGUCGAAUCACAGCCACAUUAUAACAUAAAUUUACAGAGUAUUUCUGUCAACGGCCAAACAUUAGCCAUUGAUCCAUCAAUGUUUGCAAUAUCGGACAACCAAGGAGGAACCAUAAUUGAUUCAGGAACAACUCUGGCAUACCUUGCUGAAGAGGCUUACAACCCUUUUGUGGAGGCUAUCACACAGUCGGUUUCACAGUCUGUACAGCCACUUAUUUCAAAGGGAAAUCGGUGUUAUCUAAUUACUUCAAGCGUCUCUAACAUAUUUCCAACGGUAAGCUUGAACUUUGCUGGUGGUGCUUCAAUGAUUUUAAAGCCUCAGGACUACCUUCUUCAGCAGAAUUCCGUGGGUGGGGCCGAGGUGUGGUGCAUUGGCUUUCAGACAAUUCAAAAUCAAGGAAUUACUAUCUUAGGAGACCUUGUUCUAAAAGACAAGAUUGUCGUUUAUGAUUUGGGUCGUCAGCGAAUCGGAUGGGUGAAUUAUGACUGUUCUUCGUCUGUAAACGUCUCUUCCACCUCGAGCGGUGGCAGAAGUGAAGUCGUAAAUGCUGGUCAGAUUGGCGGCAGCAGUUCAUUGCAGAUUAGUCGUUACAAGCUGAUUCCAAUCUUUAUUCUUGCAGUGAUAUUUUCGUUGUAGGAAUUUAUAAAGAAUUCCCAUUCUUUUUCUCCAGUUCUUUUUUCAUUUAAACCAACCAUUCAGAUUAGAAGUUACAGAUUUCAAUCUUUCUCAGAGUUGGAAGGAACACAAGACAGUAGUGGUUAUGGAGUUUAAUUUGUGACAUUAAUACUUGUUAAAAUGGUUGAGCCUUGUGUCAAUUGCACAAGAUGGAACAAA